AUGGCCUCACCCUCCCCUUCCGACGAGGACUCGGUCCUAUCUCAGGGCCCAGAGCCCCCAACAUCCGAAUCCUCACCACCUCCCGAAGAUUCUAUUGAAGACCUCUCGCCAGAGGCCCAAAAAUGGCAACAGGACGAGGAGAAGGCGCGCACCGCCAACGAGCAAGCGGAGAAGAAGAGAAGGGAUGCUAUUCAGAAGCGGAAGGAUAACAAGAAACCUGAAACAAAAGCCGAGCGCGAACAGAAGGCGCGUCAGCUCGAUGACCUGUUGCUGAAGAGUGCUGCUUUCAGUGAUAUCCUGACCAAGAAGACGCAGGUCUUGGGUAAGGUUGGAAGCGGUCUCGAUGGAAAAACCUUGGGAGAGCACGAUCUGCACAUGGCGAAACAGCCCAAGUCUCUCAUCAACGGCAAGACGGUGCAGGUGAUCUCACUCAUCGCCCUCCUUCGCGAAGAAGAAUUCCUCGGCCCUCAUCUGGUGAUUGCUCCACUCAGCACAUUAAGCAACUGGAUCAAUGAGUUCAAGAGAUGGUGCCCCUCAAUCCCAGUUGUUCUCUACCACGGUACUCCCAAGGCGAGACAGGAGAUUUGGGCCAAGAGCGUGAAGAAGCACCUCAAAGGUGGACGCCCAACGGAAUCCUUCCCGGUUGUGUGCACCUCAUAUGAAAUGGUCUUGGUGGACAAAGCUGCACUUUCCAAAGUCAACUGGGGCUUCAUCAUCAUUGAUGAGGGUCACCGCAUGAAGAAUUUCGACUCGAUGCUCUCUCGGGAGCUUCGUACCUUCACUUCAGCGACGAGAUUGCUCAUUACCGGCACGCCCCUACAGAACAACCUGCGAGAACUUUGGUCGUUGCUUCAUUUCCUAUUGCCCACUAUUUUCAGCAAUUGGGACGCCUUUGAGUCGUGGUUCGACUUCAGCGACCUCCAGGACGUUAAAGGGACUUCCGAAUUCAUUGCUGAUCGCGAGAACCAAGAAUUGAUCAAGAAGAUCCAUUUAAUAUUACAACCGUUGCUUCUGCGCCGCGUCAAGGCCGACGUGGCUAAACACCUCCCGAAGAAGCGAGAGUACAUUUUGUACGCCCCAAUGACCAAGGAGCAGACCGACCUGUACAAUGCGAUUAGCGACAAGAACAUUGAUUCGCGGACGUUCCUCGAGAACAGGGUGAUCGAGGCGCUCGAAGCGAAGCAAAACGAAAAAGGUGGUGCCAAAAAAGGAGGACGAAAGCCUCGAGGUCUCUCUGCCAUUAAGAACGACCCCCCGCAAGGCAAAUCAACAACUUCGGACGCAAGCCCGGCCCCGAAUGCGUUUACCAUGCUCAUGACUAAGAAAAUUGCGCAUAUUCCUGCCAAGCAGACCAGAGGUCGCUCCACCAAAUCGAAGGCAUCCACAAAGCCACCUACUCGCGACGGUUCAACCGCAUCGUCCAAGAGGAAAACGCCCCCCACGGCUGAGGUGUCAGUGUCAAAAAGUGCAAAAUCAAGUCGAGCUUCCACCCCCGCAGUCGCAUCCAAGAGCCUCACCCGCCAGGGCCGCUCGUUGCGACGCACUAGGUAUACUGAAGCUGACUCCGAUGAGGAUAAACUUUCGGACGAUGAAUUUGAGGCCAAGCUAGCCGACGAGAUAGCCGACGAUGAUGUCAAGGAAUCUUCACCUGAGUUGACGCCCGAAGAGGCAGAUUUCAAGAGAAUGGUUGACGCCGCAAAGCUGGAAAUCUCCAGGAAGAAGCUUGGUAAUCCACUUAUGCAACUGCGUCUUGUUGCCAAUAGUCCCCAUAACUUCUUCAACCCCUGGGGCCUCGAGAAUGGGCCAGAAAUUGAUGAAAGCAUCGUCACUGCCUCUGGCAAGAUGCUGCUUCUCGACCGCCUUCUGCCCGCUUUGUUGAAGCGUGGCCACAAGGUGCUCAUCUUUUCUCAAUUCAAAACGCAGCUCGAUAUUCUUCAUGAUUAUUGUACUUUCAGGAAGCUCAAGAUCUGCCGCAUCGAUGGAAGCGUAUCCCAAGCCGAACGUCAGGAACACAUUGAUGCCUUCAAUAGCGACUCAGACUUCAAGGUCUUCCUGCUUUCAACACGAGCUGGUGGCCAAGGCAUCAAUCUGACUGCGGCCGACACCGUCAUCUUGUUUGAUUCCGACUGGAACCCUCAGCAAGAUCUCCAAGCUCAAGACAGAGUCCACAGGCUGGGACAAACGAAGCCGGUGGUGAUUUUUCGUUUGGCAACUAAAGGCACCGUCGAAGACAGUCUCCUGCUCAGCGUCGAAGCAAAGCGUCGCCUCGAGAAGCUGGUUAUCAAAGGCGGCCAGUUCAGAACGAUGGGUCAAAAGAUCAACAAGGAUGAAGACUUGGACGAAGAGAAGCUCAAGGCGCUGUUGCUCAAGGACGGUCAUGUGUACGAACAAUCUGGCAGUGCCGAGAUUUUGAGCGACAAAGACGUUGAGAUUCUGUGUGAUAGGAGCGACUCGGCAUAUGAACGUGCUGCCAUCGGCGAUGGUAACGCGGAUUCAUUCAAGGUUGUUGAAACAGCAGCCACUGGCAUCCUUGCAAGCUAA